AUGAUCUCCACCAUCAGCGGAGGUCCUACCCUGGCUGGCACCUCCAACAACUCCAUCAAACAUUAUGUCCGCUCCACCUAUGCGCACCAGGUCUUCAGCACCGAGCAGGGACGAUUGCCAAAGACCCACAGGACUGGCUGGGCCCCCAUUACCUUCUGCGAGGAGGAGGAGCGUGGUGUUAUCCUCCCCCAUGACGAUCCACUCAUUAUCCGGGCUGACAUUUCUAACUUCGACGUUGGGCGUAUCCUGGUGGACACUGGUAGCUCGGUCAGUGUGAUGUUCGCCGAGUGCUUCAAUGAACUCCAGGUCCCGCCUCACCUACUCGACCGAAGCAUCACACCCCUUGUGAGCUUCUCAGGCACGGUGCGCGGCGACCAACUCGGAGCCCGAAGCUGCUAUGCUUCAGCCGUCAAAUCCACCAAUCGCCAACAUAGGAGUGAAGCCCUAGCAGUAACCCAGGCUCCCGCCCCUCCUCAAGCUGGCACAGACCCACCUGAAGACCCUAGGGAGGAGUCCAUCGCACCACAGGCCGAACCUAUGGAGGACCUGGAGCUGGUUACCCUCCAUGACGAUAUCCCGGAUCGACAAGUCCGGAUCGGCACCUCCAUCUCACCAGAGCUUCGCUCUGACCUGGUCGCCUUCCUCCGCCUCAACUCCGAAGUCUUCGCUUGGUCCUACAAUGACAUGCCUGGCAUAUCACCAGACAUCAUAUCUCAUAGGCUUAGCGUCAAUCCUGCCGUCCGACCAGUCCGACAGAAGUGUCGAGCCUAUGAUCCCGAGCGCUAUGAGGCCAUGAAGGCGGAGGUGGAUCGAUUGAGUAGUAUCCGAUUCAUCAGGGAGGUUGACUAUCCCACAUGGCUGGCCAAUGUCGUGAUGGUCCGCAAGCCAAGAAAGGGUUGGCGCAUGUGUGUCGACUACACCAACCUUAAUCGGGCAUGCCCAAAGGACAGCUUCCUGCUACCCCGCAUUGACCAGCUAGUCGACGCCACAGCCGGCCACGCCCUCCUUAGCUUCAUGGAUGCUUAUUCAGGUUACAACCAGAUCUUCAUGCACCCCGAAGAUCAGGCCCACACCUCUUUCAUUACGGACCGCGGCCUCUACUGCUAUAAGGUGAUGCCCUUCGGCCUCAAAAACGCCGGGGCUACUUAUCAGCGUCUGGUGAAUCAGCUCUUUGCCCCCCUGAUUGGCAAUACCAUGGAGGUCUAUGUCGAUGACAUGCUAGUCAAGAGUCGCACGGCUGACCAGCACAUCCCCAACCUCUCUACCAUGUUCACCAUCCUGAAGCAAUACAAAAUGAGGCUUAACCCCACCAAAUGUGCAUUCGGGGUGGCUUCCGGAAAAUUCCUUGGCUUCAUGAUCAGCCAGAGGGGCAUUGAGGCCAAUCCAGAAAAGAUCCAGGCCAUCUUAGAUAUGACAAUACCUAAGACGGUCAAGGAUAUCCAAAGCCUUACAGGGCGUGUCGCAGCCCUGACCAGAUUUAUCUCCAAAGCCACUGGCUUCAUGAUCAGCCCUGACCAGACAAUCAAGGCCCUUAAAGGCACCAAAAGAAACAUCACCUGGACUGCUGAAUGCGACACGGCUUUCAGCGAGCUCAAAGAGUAUAUGGGCCGGGCCCCUUUAUUGUCAACCCCUGAGCACGGAGACAUCCUCGUGAUUUAUCUCUCCAUCUCAGCUUCGGCUGUUAGCUCUGUGCUCAUCCGAUCAAAAGAUCACGCGGAGCACCCAGUGCAUUAUGUUAGUAAAGCAUUGCAAGAUGCCGAAGUUCGUUACCCGGACAUCGAAAAAUUGGCAUUCGCCCUGGUCGUCUCGGCAAGACGCCUCCGACCAUAUUUCCAAGCUCACACCAUCCAUGUCUUAACCAACCAACCGCUCCGACAGGUGUUGCAGAACCCAGAAACCUCUGGGAGGCUGGUCAAAUGGGCCAUUGAACUGGGCGAGUUUGAUAUUCACUACAAACCCCGCCCGGCUAUGAGGGGCCAGGCCGUUGCUGACUUCCUAUCCGAAUUCACGGAUCCCCAAGCUUCCGCAGCUACCCAGCUCAUAACCGAACCCAACCCCCCUCCCAGCCAGGACCAAACCCCACCGAAGGGCUGUGGGGCCGGCCUCGUUCUCAUCUCCCCAGACAAGGUUGCCCUCGAGUACGCCCUUCGCUUCAAAUUCCAAGCCUCCAACAAUGAGGCCGAAUAUGAAGCACUCUUAGCUGGUCUUCGAUUAGCCAAAGAGAUGGACGCCAGGCAAAUUCAGAUAUUCAGCGAUUCACAACUUGUGGUCCACCAGGUCAACCAGGACUUCACGGCUAAGGAUGCCUCUAUGACGGCCUACCUCCAGCACGCUCGGCACUUGCUGGCAAACUUCCAAGCCCACUCUAUCAGGCAGGUGCCGCGCUCCGAGAAUAGCCAUGCGGAUGCACUAGCCAGGUUGGCAUCAGCCUUGGAGCAAGGACUGGGCCGCCACAUCCACAUCGAGUUUUUGGCCCAGCCCAGCACACAAGCCCCACUCAUCUGCACUAUUGAUCACAGCCCUACAUGGAUGGACCCCAUCCUCCAAUUCUUACAAAACCAAACACUACCGGCUAAUCCGGCAGAAGCACGACGCGUUCGCCAUCGCUCUGCCCGUUACCUGAUCAUUAACGGCUCCUUAUACAAGCGGGGUUUCAGCCUUCCUUACCUCCGAUGCGUGACUCCAGAGGAGGGUCACUAUGUCCUCCGAGAAAUCCAUGAAGGCAUCUGCGGCAACCACUCGGGCGCACGCUCGUUAGCUCAUAAGGCAAUCCGCCAAGGAUACUUCUGGCCUUCACUCCACACUGACGCCCAGGCCUUCACCCAAAAAUGCGACAAAUGUCAGAGAUUCGCCAACAUUCCACAACUCCCGGCAGAACCACUGACGGCCAUGGUCAGUCCUUGGCCAUUUGCCCAAUGGGGACUGGAUCUCAUCGGACCGAUGCCAGAGGGCAAGGGCCAAGUCAAGUAUGCUGUUGUGGCCGUAGACUACUUCACCAAGUGGGCUGAGGCCGAGGCCUUGGCCACCAUCACUGCGGCUCGCAUCGAAUCCUUUGUGUGGCAAAACAUUGUAUGUCGCUUCGGCAUCCCCAACUCCAUCGUCACCGACAAUGGCCGGCAAUUUGACAACGCCAAAUUCAAACAAUUUUGUUCCAACCUCAAGAUUCAACUACUCCCAGAAGUACUCUGGUCCUACCGCACCACCUUCCGCACAUCCACGGGUGAAACGCCGUUCUCCCUAUCAUUUGGAACCGAGGUCGUGGCUCCGGUAGAGAUUGGCCAGCCCACAUACCGAACCUCCACUUACGAUGCCACGGCCAAUGACGAGCAGUUGGCCCUCAACCUCGACUUCAUUGACAAACUCCGGGACCAAUCGAGCAUGCGCAAUGCCGCGUACAAGCAACGCAUCGCCAAAUACUAUGACUCCCGAGUCAAGCCCCGUGCUUUCAAAAUGGGGGACUGGGUCAUGCGCAAGGUUUCCUUGGCUACCAAAAAUCCCAACGAAGGUACCCUCGGCCCUACAUGGGAAGGUCCUUACGAGAUUAUAAAAAUCUGCCGCCCCGGCACUUAUCAGCUUCGUGAUUCCACAGGCAAGACGCUGCCUCACCCGUGGAAUGCUGACCACCUCAAGUACUAUUACAAGUAA